AUGACCAAUAAUUGGUAUUUAGAUAGAGGUGCAUCAAGAUCUUAUCGUGUUAGAAAUAAAAAUUAUCAGAUUUCUCGCAAUGAUGCUGGUCUUUCUUUGUAUCUUAAAGUUGAUGGAAGUUCUACUACAAAUGAAAUGCCUAGUACAGGAAAUUUGAUUGUUGAAGAUAUUACAGUUUCAGUUUCGUCAGAAAUUAUUGAGAACAUAGAUUACAUCAACAUCAUUCAUUCAGUUGAAAACAAAGGAAAUCAACCACAUGAUAUCAGUAUUGGAAUUUAUUCUGAUAUCGAUAUCAAUGGUUCAGAUUAUUGUUAUCAACAUAAUCUUGAAGGACAUAAAGGAGUUGAAUUUCAAGCAAAUCCAAUUGUCAAAUUUAUUCUUAAACAUUCUCCUAAAGUUAUAGAUGUUGACACUUACUCAUAUACUGGAUGUCCUGGAUGGGGACGAUGGUCUAAUUGUUCAGAUUGGAGUGAUAAAAAUGCUGAUGCUUUUAUUUAUUUUUCAUGGCAAAAUCGACGAAUUUUACCUAAUGAAAUUCAAAAUUAUUCAUAUAGUAUUGGAACAGGUGAAUACAUUUUUUCACAUCAAAUCAAAUGUGAAACAACAGUAAAAUCACAUUACAAUGUUUCAAGUGAUAUUUCUCUUUCUAUUUCAGUCAGUUCUACGAAAGUUGGUGAAUUAUUCAACAUUUCAAGAAAAAUCAUUUAUCUUUCAAAUGAUAACGAAAUCAUUAACUCUACAGAAAUUAUUACUAACAAAACAGACACAGGAACUCAAUUUAUUUACACGGACAACUUUAUUGUUCCAUCAAAAGAAGGUCGAUAUGAAAUCAUAUACACAGUUUCAGACAUUCAUGGUUCCUCCAAAACGAAUGUUCCUAUUUUCAUUAAUCGAAUUCCAACACUUGAAGUUAUCUCAACCAUCAAUCAAUUCUAUCUUGCAAACACAGAAUUCAUUCUCAAACUUAAAUUAAAUGAUGAUACAUAUUCAUUUCUGUCUGUAUGUAAGAAUCUCCAAAGAGUUAAAAGCGAACGAUAUGUUUUGAACAAUGUUGAGCAAGAAGUAACAUACAGUUAUAUAAUUCCAGAGAGUGAAGAAGGAACAACACAGAAUAUAUCAUUUUUCGCAGUUGAUGAGUAUGGUGAGAUUAGUGAUAUUUUCAAUUACACGUACACAGUUACAUCUCCAUUCCCUCGAAUCAAACUUUCCGACGUUAUUCAUCCUAUCUCUAUCGAAUCACGCGACAUGAAGAUCCAUGCCGACUACUACCUUUGGGAAGGAUCACACAAUGCUACAUUCAUCAGUCGAAUCAACGACAAUGGAAACAUCAGUCUUCUUACCAUUGACAAUGUUUCUAUUGCUCGCUGGAGUCAAGUCUUCCUGGAAGUUAGUGUUUCACGUUUCCGACAGAACACUAACAACGAAAUUUCAUUUUUUGUUAUUGACUCACUUUCACGAAUUUCUAACAUCAUCAAAUACUCAUUCAUUUACGGUCAAUGUAAAUGUGCUGAUACUCGAUUUUAUGAACUAUCUGGCUUCACAACAAUUGCACUCAUUGCAACAAUAUAA